GCGCCUUGUGAACCAAUGCGCUUAGACAAAGGGAGCGCGCAAAAAUACGCGCGCACUGACACACGUACAGUGCGAGGGACCAAGACAGAGGAGCUCAAACAUCCUUUGGGUGCCGUAUCACCAAUUUGACGUAUAGUUUUCGUGCGCUCCAGACGCCCUGCCUCGGAUAUCUUUAUCUUUUCUUUGCGUUAAAACCCAACCCGAAUUGUUGCAAUGGAGUUCCCCACUGUUCCCCAAGACGACAUAACCGAGCGCUUCUUAUUCUCCGCGACUCCUUCCAAUGUGACGUUCUCAGAGGAUCUGCUGAUUGUGCCUUCAAGAAGCAACGAAACUAGCGAGGUUCCAGCCAGAAACACUACUGGGCUCAUCAUAGCCGUUUGCAUCACGGCUCUGUACUCUCUCAUUUGUGUGGUGGGACUACUGGGAAACGUGCUUGUAAUGUACGGAGUGCUCAGGUACACUAAGAUGAAGACAGCCACCAACAUCUACAUCUUCAACCUGGCUCUGGCCGACGCUCUGGCCACCAGCACCCUCCCCUUCCAGAGUGCCAAGUACCUGAUGAACACGUGGCCCUUUGGCGAGCUGUUGUGUAAAGUGGUUAUCGCCAUCGACUACUACAACAUGUUUACCAGCAUCUUCACACUCACCAUGAUGAGUGUGGACCGCUACAUCGCUGUUUGUCAUCCUGUGAAGGCCCUGGACUUUCGCACGCCUGCCAAAGCCAAGCUCAUCAACAUUUGCAUCUGGAUACUCUCGUCUGCUGUUGGAGUGCCAGUGAUGGUCAUGGCUGUUACCAAGGUGACAGAUAAAGGAAACACUGCCUGCACACUUAGUUUUCCUAAUCCAGAAUGGUAUUGGGAUACAGUAACAAAGAUCUGCGUUUUCAUCUUUGCCUUCGUGGUGCCUGUCCUCAUCAUCACAGUCUGCUACGGUCUGAUGAUCCUGCGUUUAAAAAGUGUCCGUCUCCUGUCUGGCUCCAAAGAGAAAGACAGGAACCUGCGGCGGAUCACAUGCAUGGUCCUGGUGGUCGUUGCAGCUUUUGUCCUCUGCUGGACCCCAAUUCACAUCUUCAUCAUCGUCAAGACCAUGGUAAACAUUGACCACAAAAACCUGUUGGUGAUGGCUAGCUGGCAUCUGUGUAUUGCUCUGGGUUACACUAACAGUAGUCUGAACCCUGUGCUGUACGCCUUUUUGGAUGAAAACUUCAAGAGGUGCUUCAGGGAUUUCUGCCUGCCCUAUCGCUCCCGUUCAGAGCAAAGCAGCUUCUCCAGAGCACGCAACAGUGCAAAGGAGCCUGCAUCUGUUUGUGCGCCUGCAGCAGCACAGAGAAUGACUGCCUGACUAAGCAUUAAUCAUCCAGAGGUGGAAACAUCCCAGAAUGAACUCCAGAGUGAUGGUGCCACACAAUUCUCCACCACAGAAGUCUGAGUCCACAGAUGAAGACUUUUGACUUGCAGUGUGUUGUAGGUUUAUAUAACGAAUCCUCUUUGUUCCGCUUGUUAAACGCAGUUAUUGAAGGAUCGUCUUUUUGUAUGAUCGCUAACUUAAGACAAAAUAUACAUAUAUUCGAGAGGUGUACAUAAUAGAUUAUUAUUAUU